UCAUAGUUAGUUAGAGUUAGCUAAGCUGCAUUAUUCAAAAAAGGUUUUAUUCUGAGCACGAACUCCUCGCAGCCCUAAUUUGAGCUCAUGGGAGUUAAAACCUUGUUCGGUUCUCCAAACAAGCAGGAUCGCGCUACUUCUCAGUAGACCUUUUCAACCCGUGCACGGAAUAAGAAACCGGGUCGGAGACGGCCCAGCAGCGGGACCAGAGGAGCGUGAGGUGGUUCGACCUCUCUAAGCCUCUUACACGGGCGGUAAAUCUGCGUGCAGCCGGUCAGCAGGACUCCUGUUGGCUCUGAUCGUGAUGAUUUAAUCCCUCGUGGAAAAGGGUUACAGGUGUGUCCUCAGACCAGUCACACGGUCAAGUGGAGCGCGCAGAAAAAAACAACGUGCAGGGCAUGGACAAGCUUCUCUUACCGGAGGAGGAGGAGGAGGAGGCACGCUGGGACCACAGUUCGCAUGCUCCGGGAGAGACAAAGAGGACGAUGGGCGAUCGGGUGAAGACGGUCUUCGAUGGGACGGGGACUUUCUGGAGUACCGCGAAGGGUUACGUGAAGAGGAACGGGCUGCUGACGCUGUCCAUCGUCGCCGUGGUCACGGGCUGCACGCUGGGCUUCACGCUGAGGGGAACUCACCUGUCCACACAGGCGAAGAUCUACUUCUCCUUUCCCGGAGAGCUGCUGAUGAGGAUGCUGAAGAUGCUCAUCCUUCCUCUCAUCACGUCUAGUUUGAUGUCGGGUCUGUCGUCGAUGGAGUCGAAAGCGUGCUGUCGGAUAGGCGUCCUGACCGUCACCUACUACCUGUGGACCACCUUCAUCGCCGUGGUGGUCGGCAUCGUGCUCGUCCUCAUCAUCAAACCUGGCGUGGGGACGGAGAUGGAAAGCAACCGGCUGGGAGGAGGGCCCGUGAUGACGUCGGCCGAUGCCCUCCUCGACCUCAUCAGGAACAUGGUUCCCUCUAACCUGAUAGAAGCCACGUUUCAGCAGUACAAAACAGACCUGAUUCCAGUCCUCAAAGUCCCGGCCAUAACCGUCCAGCCCAACUUUGUCUACGUCAUCCCCGAUGACAGCAACCCUAAAGGUCAGAUUGUGUACCUGGAGCUGACUCCGCCUCCGGAUGUCACCUACAAGACAAGUCCCGGCAGCAGCCAACAGAUGAACGUCCUCGGCAUCGUCAUCUUCUCCGCCACCAUGGGCCUGUUGCUGGGCAGAAUGGGAGAGCGAGGGACUCCCCUAAUCAGUGUAUGCCAGUGUAUCAAUGAGUGCGUCAUGAAGAUCAUUAACGCUGCCGUCUGGUACUUCCCGUUUGGGAUCAUCUUCCUGGUGGCGGGGAAGAUUCUGGACAUGCAGGACCCGAGCACGCUGGGGAAGAAGCUGGGCUGGUACGGCGUCACCGUGCUCGCUGGCCUCUUCGUCCACGGACUCAUCCUCCUCCCUUUCUUCUUCUUCGUCCUCACCAGGAAGAACCCCUUCACCUUCAUCCGGGGGCUGCUGCAGGCCAUGGUGAUCGCCCUGGCUACCUCUUCCAGCUCUGCCACACUGCCCAUCACCAUGAAGUGUUUGUUGGAAAACUGCAAUGUUGACCGGCAGAUUGCCCGCUUCGUCCUCCCUGUGGGCGCCACCAUCAACAUGGACGGCACAGCGCUUUACGAGGCGGUGGCGGCUAUUUUCAUUGCUCAGGUUAAUGACUAUGAGCUGGACUUUGGCCAGUUGAUCACCAUCAGCAUCACGGCUACAGCUGCCAGCAUUGGUGCGGCAGGUAUCCCCCAGGCCGGUCUGGUUACUAUGGUGAUUGUACUGACAUCAGUGGGCCUGCCGCCAGAUGACAUCACACUUAUCGUGGCCAUUGACUGGAUCCUCGACAGGUUUCGAACCAUGAUCAACGUUCUGGGGGACGCUCUGGCGGCGGGAAUAAUCGCCCACCUCUGUCAGAAAGAUUUCCCCCUCAGUGGUGCAGGAAAGCCUGUACCGUCGUACGGGACACAGACUCCUCACGCUCACAGCAACUCUCACAGCGUAGAUGUGCCAAUGACAGAGAUCCACACAGACAAAGACAGCAUGUUCGAUGCAAUGGGCGACCCAUCCAGCGGGAGUCAUGCACACACAGUCUAUUACAACAUUUGUCAGGUGUGAUCAGAACUCCUCAAAACGUCUUGUGAAAACGUCCCGGUGCCAUCUGAACAGGAGACAGUGGGAACAAACUUCUGCUGAUCAGAAGCAACUGCUUUCAGUUCAAUUCAGGUGACGAGAAACUAAAGAACUUAAUUUGGAGCUUUGUUCUUGUGCUCACUGAUGAACGAGAAAACAACGGUUACAAGGACGAAGGCACCAUUUGAAUGGGAACUGGCCACCAAGUCAGCCUGCAAAAGUGGGAGGUUUGGUAAAUCAGAGAAUUCAAACGGGAUCUCUGGUUAACGUUGACAGGAUGUACAGGACUUGCACCAGAGGAUCAUUGGUACAUGGCACUCUCCAAGGUGGAACUGCAGGUCCAUCAUUUGGUGUGACAGCGGCCGCUGGAAUCUGUACAAAUUGCGGCUCCCCUGGCAUAUUUUAGGCCAAAUAAAUCUAACCGUAAUACCUCUAGGGUACUGAUCACAGGGGAGGACUUCUGGCCAUGAGCUUUUGGGAGUGACCAGCAUUGCAGUUUUCAUAAGAGGGUUGGCACACCCAGAACACACCAGAAUCAUCACAUCACCAUAAACAUCAUCGGAUCUGGGCCUCACAGUUUGCUCCACUGUACCAGGAACAAAAGGUCCUGAUCCCAUAUUUUUAGAAAUGGAUCAGUGAGUGAAUUAUUUGUCAGAGCUUUUCAUUUGCUUGUGAUCUUUACUUUACUUUACUUUACAAAUCAACCUCUAGUUUGAGAUAAAGGUACCUUUGAACUUGGAACUGACAACUACAACCUCUGAACAAAGCCAAUAAGCUUGGAUGGCGUGUUUUAUUGGAGAUCCUCCCAAGGGACAUACUUUUCUUGUGCUGCUAUUUGUUCCUCAAGUUCACAACACUUUUGCUCUUUCUGGAAGCUCAACAAACAUUUGGCUGAACCGUGUAUUUGAUUGGCGGGUGGUCACUGCUGCCUGCACUCAGACUUGGUUGAAGGGUUAAAGGCUUAUCUGUCCAAUCCGACGGUUUAUUCAAUCCAAGUGCCCUUCAUCUUGUAGACUCAACUUUCUUCUUCCUCUGUAUCGUUUGUAUUUCAGAGCAUGCUGGCAUGCGUUGGAACUGGCUUCGCUUGAAGCUGAAUUAUUUCUUCCUGUUGUGUUUGUUUUGAUUUGAGUUUCGCAAGGUGAACAAAGUGCUGUUAGGAUUAUGGAAAUUUUACCAGAGUUGUUUGAGACGAACAGAUGCUAGUUUGGGUUUAGUUGCAACUCAAUCACUUAAUGGUGUUACCUCAAGUUGUUUACAAAGCAUUUAGCCACUCACAAUGAGUUCAACAAACACUUGAGGUAACUAAAUUGAAUUGAUGCAAAAUUGUUUUCACUUAGAAGUUUUUUUAAAACAAUGGUUUGGAGAUGGUUAGGAUAAAUGAAAUACCUUUAAAGGAUUGUAGUUAUGUGGCAUAAAACACAAAACAUAGAAGACACUAAAACUCCCUCAUGAUACGUUCAAUUUUCAAAUCCUUUUUGUGAAAACAUAGACCUGCCUUAAGCUGAGUGUGGACCGAUUGUUGUUUUAAUCCACAAACCUCAAUCUUUAUCUGCCAAUGCACACUGACAAACCAAAACACUAUUUUUAUCAAACCAUACUUAGUGUUUUUUUAAUAUGAAAUAAGCACGUAUUUGUAUUGAAUUUGUUUAUUUGUAUUUGAAAAAUAAAUAUGCUAAUAUUAAUAUUCUUAGUGGUCG